AUGGAGAACGAGCCUGGAAUAGUGUCUCCUUUCAAACGAGUCUUCCUGAAGGGCGAAAAAGGUCGGGAUAAAAAAGCCCAGGAGAAGGUGACGGAGCGUCGGCCCCUGCAUACGGUGGUGGUGUCCCUGCCCGACCGCGUCGAGCCGGACGUGCUGCUGAACGACUACAUCGAGAAAGAAGUGAAGUAUUUAGGCCAGCUCACGUCCAUCCCGGGGUACCUGAAUCCCUCCAGCCGCACGGAAAUCCUGCAUUUGAUCGAUAACGCGAAGCGCGCGCACCAGCUCCCGGGGCAGCUGACCCAAGAGCACGACGCCGUCAUCAGUCUCUCUGCCUACAACGUCAAGCUGGUGUGGAGGGAUGGAGAAGAUCUCAUCCUCAGGGUCCCUAUCCACGACAUCGCCUCCGUUUCCUACAUCCGAGAUGACUCCUCUCACCUGGUUGUGCUGAAAACAGCUCAGGACCCUGGGAUCUCCCCGAGCCAGAGCCUCUGUGCCGAGAGCUCCAAAGCCCUGACGUCGGGCUCGCUGUCGGAGAGCGGCGUGGUUCCUGUCGAAGCUUGUUGCCUGGUGGUCCUGGCUACCGAGAACAAAGUGACCGCCGAGGAGCUGUGCUCCCUUCUCAGCCAAGUCUUCCAGAUUGUUUACACCGAGUCCACGAUCGAUUUUUUGGACAGGGCGAUAUUCGAUGGGGCGUCCACGCCGACCCGGCACAUGUCCUUACACAGCGACGACUCUUCGACGAAAGUGGACGUCAAGGAGUCCUACGAAACGGAGGCAAGCACUUUUUCCUUUCCAGAAACCUUGGACGCAGGCGACAACUCCCCCUCGUCCUUCUCCACGCAACAGUCGCCGCACGUUAAGACGGUCAGCGAGAGCGAGCUCAGCACCACGGCGACCGAGCUGCUCCAGGACUACAUGAUGACGCUCCGGACAAAACUCUCUUCCCAAGAGAUCCAGCAGUUCGCGAUGCUCCUGCACGAAUAUCGCAACGGCGCUUCCAUCCACGAGUUCUGCAUCAACUUGAAGCAGCUCUAUGGGGACAGCAGAAAGUUCCUGCUCUUGG